AUGGCAAUCACAGUAUUACAGCUGCAUGAGCGGCUAGUCGUCAAAGCUGUUGACAGAGAUGGCUUCCAACGUCCCGUGGACAUGCUGGACAAUGAUUCGAUCCGUCCGACACCAGCCAAAGAUCGAACCUGGACACAGUUCACCUACAUGAUGUUCUGGUUUUCCGCGACAGCCAACGUCAGCAAUCUAUACUCCGCUUCCACGGGUAUGACCAUGGGGCUAACCAUGUGGGAGGCCAUUGCCUGCUCUUUCGGCGGCCAGAUCCUGGCGGGAUGCCUGAUGGCGCUGAAUGGACGUGCAGGUGCUAUGUAUCGGAUUCCUUUCCCUGUCCUAUGCCGCUCCAGCUUUGGUCCCUGGGGCGCUUUCUGGCCAACCUUCAACCGUGCAAUCAUGUCGAUAGUGUGGAAUGGAGUCAACUCGGUUCAAGGAGCGCAAUGCCUAUACGUCUUUCUGCAUGCGAUAUUUCCCUCCAUUGAGAAUAUUCCCGAUAAGAUGGGUUCCAAAUCGGCUUUGACCUCUGCUCAGAUGAUGUGCUUUUUUGUUUACUGGGUCAUCAAUUGUGCAUUCCUUGUUGUGCCUGUCCCGAAGAUGAAGUCUCUGGUCUACGCUAAAGUGGUUGUCUACUAUGGCGGUACCAUUGCGAUGUUAGCGUGGACUGUUUCCCUGGCUGGUGGCGCUUCCCAGUUCCUUCACAUGCCUUCAACUGUUCACGGGACGGAAAAGAGUUACCUGAUAUUGAAGUUCUUCUGGUUGGGACUUGCAUCUUGCGGGACGUUCGUAUCAAAUGCGGCAGAUCUUCAACGCUACGCUCGGAAACCCAAUGAUGUCCUCAUUGGCCAGCUCAUCAGCUUCCCAGUCUCGAAUCUGCUAGUUGCAAUUCUGGGAAAUGUAAUUGCAUCGGCCAGCAAGGCUAUCUUUGGAGAGUUGAUCUGGAACCCUCUCAACUUCUUGGAUAAGCUGAUGGAAGGCGAGCGAUACACUUCCGGCAAUCGCGCUGCAUGCGCAUUCAUUUCGCUGGCAUUCGUAUACUCUACGGUGUUCUCGGCUAUCUUUGAAAAUUCUAUUCCCGCCGGCAAUGAUAUUGCAGCCUUAAUGCCGCGAUAUAUCACGAUCAAGAGAGGAUUUUUCAUCUGUGCUGUUCUCUCAUAUGCCAUCUGUCCAUGGUAUCUUCUUUCGAGCGCCUCAAUCUUCAUCACGUUCUUAGCCUCCUACCAAAUCUUCCUAUCUGCCAUUGCAGGAAUCCUGAUAUGCGACUACUACUUGAUCCGUCGCGGUCGCUUGAAUAUUCCGGCUCUAUAUACUGCACACCCUGAGGGCCUGUACCGAUACUUCUACGGGUUCAACUUGUGGGCAUUUGCUACCUACGUCAUUGCAGUGGCUCCGAAUUUCUAUGGCUUCCUCAGCCAGAUGGGAGUGAGAGCCCCGGUGGGCAUCCAACGGUUUUAUUAUGUUGCCUACCCGACUGGCCUGUUGGUUGCUUUUUCUGUGUACUACAUUGGCUGCCUGGUGUCUUCUCCGAAAGGAAUGGAGAAAGCUCGGGGCUGGAAAGAGCCUAAAGAUUAUGUGGACGAGUAUGAUCCAGCGAGAGACGAGGGAUUCGCGAUUGACGGCCUUGAGGUUGAUAACGCUGGUGCGGAGAAGGGCGCAUUUACUGCUAUGAAAGAGAUGAAACUGUGA